AUGGAGAAAAGAUUAAGAGGUCUGGAGCAGGACCACGAUGCCGAUUUUAUCAACGGGGAUGCGAUGAGGACGGAGAAGGAGCAAGCCAGCGGCGGCUCUCCGUCGCUGCAUCGUCUUGCGUCGAUUGGUCGACGGCGGCCGUCUAGGCCUAACGGUCAGCAAGAUGAAACAAGCGAGCGGCCAAAGGCAGCCAACGAGCAGAGCGCAACGCGUUCUCGACCGAUCAUCAGGGCCACGCCAGCAGCCAAUGGGCUGAAGCCGGCGUUGCGAGCACGUCGCCGGACCAUGGGGAACGACUCGCGUGCAAGCACGCUGAAAGGGAGCCCAAAGGGACAAAAGGGCGGACAAGAGCAGAAAGUCCUGCUUGCCAUCCCCACAAGACGCUACAUGGCGGAAUACGAGCAGAAAAAGCCGGAAAGGCUGGGCGGUGAUGCGUUGUCCUUUGUGGCGUGGCGUGGCCCCCAGUCUGGUGCAUAA